GCUAACGGCUCGCGACUCCUUCGCUAGCUUGAUGGAAAAAGGCCAGGUGCUGUUGUUGAACUUCGAGUCCCAAGCUACAACGGUGAGUUUCGCAUUGCGGCCAGCACCAGAAGGGCACGAAUUUCAUCCACUCGUUCGCGACCUCAAGAGUUUGUUCUUAUGAAGAUUUUGAAUCACUAGAUCCUUAGUAAUAUCUCUGGUAAAUUUUUUGUAAAUUAUGAGAUCUUCCCGCUCGUCCCCUUAUUGUAAGACUUCCCGUUCAUCUCCUUGUUGUAAGAAUUUUGAAGUAACCUCCUCCCAUAGCAGGAAGUUGGUAAUUCCCCCUUUGGCUUAGAGGUGUGCUGCAAAUCUUGAGUGGCUUCUUCCUUUUUUUUAAGGUUGGGGCUUAGGUCCAGCGACGCUUAAAGCACUAAAGUAAAGCAGCCGGUUGUAGUAGAAAUCUUGAUCUUCCCGCUCGUCUCCUUAUUGUAAGACGUCGGUACAGCCACGGCGAAGUUGCUGCACCCUAUACCUAUCCUGUACCUAUCGUAUCUUACCCCCUGAUAGUAAGACUCCCCCUGAUAGUAAGACUCCCCCUGAUAGUAAGACUAAGAUCCCCCUGAUUGUUAGACCCCCUGAGAGUAAUAUUUCUCUCAGAUGAGUAUGAGAUCCCUGCCCGUUCCUCAUGUGAGGACCACUUCUAAGACUUUACGUGGAGGUAUCGAUCACCACAGAGCGGGAAAAGGCAAAGAGGCGGCUCUUUAACAAAAAGAUGUGAAAGGGACUCAGAUUGGUUGAGAUGUGUAAUCGGCUGAGUACGUACGUAACGACAGUGUAUGACUAACUACAGUCAGAGUAUGUGACUAACUGUUUCUAACUACAACAGAGUAUGACAAUGUUUUCUACUACUAACACACAACUACUUAUAUUAUUUCAAGAUAGAAGAGGAUACAGAACAUUUUUUUUUGUUCGAUCAUAACAAGUAAGAACUGUUUUUCUUAAUCUAAUAUGUGCCUAUUGACCACAACAGACAAGCAGAAGCGUUCAUUAUACCUAGAGCCUGUCACUCUGAAUAAUUGUCCCUUCAUUGGCCUACAAGCAGAACCACCCUGAAAUGGGUAUCACUACAGCUGCUCUGGAUUUUCUUCUCUCUAUCAUAUGAUCUUACUAGCCUUAUAUCUUCCCGAUGCUCUCAUCCACUAACUUAUAACCAAGCCUUCCUUUUUCCGAAAUUUUGGGCGUGUUCUGUGUGGGGAUAAGAGUUGACUUUUUUGGGUUUCAUCUAAUACUUUCAGUGCACGUUAAAAAUAUUCAGUACCAUCGUCCAUACUUGCCGAUGGCACAGCAAUGAAUGGGUACUUAUACCAAAAAAAAAGAAGUACUAUUUGAGGCACAAAUAAAAGGUGUCCUCUUUGACUGCAGUCUUCGCCGAAUAGAUGUAUAAAAGUGGUCGGUGCUUGCUAGACAUGAAGUCACCAGUCGGAUGGCCCUGCUGCUUCUCUAAGAUGUGCUUGCAUACGUUUACGUACGGAUAACUAAAUAAACUAAGCAAAUAUUUCACGUAGUCGAAAGUGUGAAGAAGAUUAAACAGUUAUAAGCUACAACAUGUACUAGAACGGACUGCGAAGAAGUGACCGGCCACACUGCUGCGAAAAAUUUGAAUGACGGUGAAGUGUCAGCAUCUUUUACUGCUGAUAACUUAUUAAAUUGUAGCAAGUGGUCGUGGUGGAGAGUGCUAUUUCUUCGUAACCCAUGCUGGUGCGUCGAACAAACUCGAAAAACUUGCAAUGUAAUGGAACUGUUUUGGUAGGGG